CCCCACAUAACCCAAAGCCCUGACCCCAAGGCCAUCCAUCAUCUCUCUCUCUACUCUCUCUCAUGUCAUAUCAUGCAAGUAGCACCCUAAGCGGCCUUUAACCUCUUCACCCCACGACAUUUGUUUUCGCCUCUUCGCCAGCUCAUUCAUUCGCAAGUUACGGCCCCAACCCCAAACCCACACCAACCCAACAACCCUCUCUCUCUAAUUCUUCAUCUCUCUCUCUCCGCCACUUUCAACGUUUUCUCCACCAGAUCUCUCGCGGUGACCCUUUGGAGAUGUGCUCUCUAUGAGCCUCGUCUCUCUACCCCUUUUAUAUAGUCUUCUGUGUUUCUCUCUCUUAUACCCAAAUACCCUUGUUUUCUGUUUCUGAUUCUAUUAGGAUUAUUUUUGACCUUUUCUGCGAUUUCUCUCCGAAAUAUCUUGUGGGGUUUUCUGGGUGUCUUCUCUUUGUUGUUUAAGAACAGAGAGUUCUUUUUCGUUUUGUUUUUUUUUGCUUGAAGAGAGAGAGAAAAUGGCUAAUGGGGCAGAGAGAGACAGUGAGUUGGUGGUGAUGUUUAGCGAUGAGGAGCUGCGAGAGAUGAGUGGGGUGAAGAGAGGCUUGGACUACAUAGAGGUCACGUGUGGUUGUACCAGUCAUAGAUAUGGUGAUGCUGUUGGGAGGCUUAGGGUUUUCCAAAAUGGUGACCUCGAGAUCAUUUGUGAAUGCACCCCUGGUUGUCAGGAAGACAAGCUGACUCCAGCUGCAUUUGAGAAGCAUUCUGGAAGAGAGACUGCUAGGAAAUGGAAGAACAAUGUUUGGGUCAUAGUUAAUGGGGAGAAGGUUCCGUUGUUUAAGACAGUGCUGCUCAAAUACUACAACCAAGCAUCUAAAAAUGCUAAUGGGUCCCACAGAUCCCAAAAUGGACGACUUUGUCAUCGUGAUGAGUUUGUUCGCUGUACUAGAUGCAACAAGGAGCGCAGGUUCCGUCUGCGGACAAAAGAGGAAUGUCGCAUUCAUCAUGAUGCUUUGGCAGAUGUAAAUUGGAAAUGUUCUGAUCUUCCAUAUGAUAAAAUUACAUGUGAUGAUGACGAAGAAAGAGCAAGUCGCAGGGUUUAUCGGGGCUGCACUCGCUCUCCAACAUGCAAGGGCUGCACAUCUUGUGUGUGUUUUGGAUGUGAAAUCUGUCGUUUUUCUGAUUGCAGCUGCCAGACUUGCAUCGACUUUACCCGGAAUGCGAAGACUUGAGUCUCCAAAGCAAACCCGUUCAGCUUGCUUUUCUCCUUAAGGUGGGUUCUUUACCCAUUCAAGCCCCGCCCCGCAUAUGAAAAGCUCGGUGCCAUUUGUCUUCGACUUCCUUACAGCGGAAAUGAGUUUCCAGUUCCUGGCCUCAUCAGUGUUCGCACUUCCCCAUUGACUGAUUUAAAACUUUCAAAUCCAGUAAUUUAUUCUGAUUUAUAACUGGCAUGUGUUUCUAUUUUUUCUAUCAUUUAAUAUAUUUAUCAUUUUUAUGAAGCUUUAUUAA